GCAUGUGACUGCCUAUCGCCCACAGUCGAAAUAAAAUCAAAUUUUUUGCUUUGGAAAAAGAGGUUGAUGAACGGGCGAAGAUUUGCGUAUGACAUAAUAUAAUACGAGUGAAUACAUUGCUCCACGAGGAUGAUAUCAGAAACAAUGACUAGUCAAGCAGUAAAGGAGAGAAACCCCCAUCAGGGGAAUUUAAACACUGCAGCAGCAGUGAAUGGGUCAGGGAAAUGCGAAGUCCCACCUUCUUUAGCUGCCUUAACAUCUGUCAUCUGUGCACACCAAAACAAGCUGAAGCCAAUUGAAGCCAAGUUAAAGGAGCUUUUACAACAUCAGCAGGUAUUAGCAGAGGGUCUGCACGGUGAGAAUGACCGGUUUAAGGAAGUCGAAGCCACCUUCAAUUUACCAGCAUUGUUUGCCGAAGUAUCAAUUUAUUCCCAGAAACUAACAAGACUUAAGGCAGAGAUGAAUAGUAUAUCUGAAAGAACAACACGAAUUAAGAGGAGAGCUAUUCGCCUGCAACAGCAGCAGCAGCAGAAGGCCCUGAACCAAGAGCAAGCGCGGGCUGAGCAAGCCGAGCGCGAGAAGCACCUCAUUGCAAAACCAGCCUGGGCUUCUCCACCGGACGGACAGUGAAGCUCUUGAUCCUUAGUGUUGUUUAUCUUGUGAAGGCGAGUUUAUGUGUCCAUUGCAGGCUUAUUUUGUGCUUUGUUCACUGUAAAUGUUUAUGAAGUUGUUUCAUAAUCAUAGGCAGGUUAGAGACGUGCCAUGUUUUUUUUUUUUUUAUUGUUGGAUUAUUGUUAUUGAAAGCUUUUAUAUGACCAGAAGAAGUAGAUAGAGAAUGUAUUUUUUAAUUAUAAAAGAGAAUGAGUAAGUUGUUUAUAUAUUUUGAUUUCCUGGUUUUAAGCAUAAUAUAUGUAUAUAUAUAUAUUUAAAAGACAAACUAGGGUAUAUAAUUCAACAUGCUGUGUUAUUAUGUUUGUACACAGACAUGCACUUUAUCGUACUUAAUGAACGAUUAUUAAUUUGUAGACAUUUGAUAAUAAAGUCUUUGUUACCAAACUUUAACAUUUAUAGUACAUAUUUUAACCAAAUAAUUUGAAUGUUGUUCAUGUUAACUCAUUUUUGGCUUUUUGGAUUUAUUUUUUUUUUAUAUUUUCCCAAACAAAUCUGAAUGCCAGAACCACACAUGGGCCUAUAUGACAUGGUAGUAUCAAUUUUACCUAACAUCAAAAAAUGUUACUUUCAUGGUUACUGUUAUAUGUUGUUGGAUAUGAAAGUCCAUCAUAAACUUCUGUCUGCUGUUUCAUGUAAAAUUAUUCUGAAUAUUUCUACAAUCUCUUCUGGAUAACAGUUCAUUGUUUAUCAAAAUAUAUGAAAAAAAUGGGGGGAGGGGGGCAUGUGUGUAUGUCUGGCUGGAUGUGUUCCUUCAUUACUAGUCUUGAAGAAUAAACUUAAGGAAGAAAAUAAAAUAUGUUGAAAA